CUUUAGCCCAGCACCAACCUCACCCAGAAUGCUGGUGACUGAGACCAGUGUGCUAGAAGUCUGCUAGGACUCAAGAAUGAAGAGUAGCAUGGCAGAAAGAAAAGGGCAUACAAGGACUGUCUUUCACACAUCCUUUGGAAAUAGUAUCUUCUACUGAGAUGCAGAAAGUGGCAACAUUUUAUUCAGAACAAUGAAUUUCAUAAAGGACAACAGUCAAGUCCUUAUUCAGAGGAUGGGCAUGACUGUCAUAAAGCAAAUUGUGGAUGAUCUGUUCGUUUGGAACGUGCUGAAUGGUGAAGAAGUGAAGGUUAUCUGCUGUGAGAAGGUGGAACAGGAUGCUGCUAGAGAAAUCAUUCACAUGAUUUUGAAGAAGGGCUCAGAGGCCUGUAACCUCUUCCUUAAAUCCCUGGAGAAAUGGAACUACCCAGUGUAUCAGGACUUAAAUGGACAAAGCCUUUUUCAUCAGCCAUCAGAAGGAGAGCUGGAGGCUCUGGCUCAGGAUUUAAAGGAAUUAUACCACAGCCCCUCUUUCCUGAACUUCUAUCCUCUAGGAGAAGAUAUUGACAUUAUUUUUAAUUUGAAGAGCACCUUCACAGAACCUGUCCUGUGGAGGAAAGACCAGCACCACCACCGCGUGGAACAGCUGACCCUCAACAGCCUGCUGGAGCAGCUACAGAGCCCCUGCCUCAUCGAAGGGGAGUCAGGCAAGGGCAAGUCCACCCUGCUACAGAGAAUCGCCAUGCUCUGGGCCUCCAGGGAGUGCAAGGCCCUGGCCAAGUUCAAAUUCGUCUUCUUUGUACGGCUGCGCAGGGCCCAGGGUGGCCUCUUCGAAACCCUGUGUGAUCAGCUGCUGGAAAUACCUGACACGAUCGGGAAGCAAACCUUCAUGGCCCUGCUGCAGAAGCUACGGCAGGACGUUCUUUUUCUCCUCGAUGGCUACAAUGAAUUCCAGCCCCAGAACUGCCCAGAGAUCGAAGCCCUGAUCAAGGCCAACCACCGAUUCCGUAACAUGGUCAUGGUCACCACCACCACCGAGUGUCUGAGACACAUCAGGCAGUUUGGGGCCCUCACUGUGGAAGUGGGGGACAUGCCGGAGAACAGUGCCAGGACUCUCAUCCAGGAGGUGCUGAUCAAGGAGCUUGCUGAAGGCUUGUUGCUCCAAAUGCAGAACUCCAGGUGCUUGCAGAACCUAAUGAAGACCCCUCUCUUCGUGGUCAUCACCUGUGCCAUCCAAAUGGGGAAAACCAAGUUCUACUCUCACACCCAAACCACCCUGUUCCGGACCUUCUAUGAUCUGCUGAUCCAGAAAAACAAGCACAGACACACAGGCGUGACUGCCAGCGACUUCACGCGGAGCCUGGAGCACUGUGGAGACCUGGCUCUCGAAGGCGUGUUCUCCCAUCGCUUUGAUUUCGAGCCGGAGGACAUCUCCAGCGUGAACGAGGACGUCCUGCUCACCACUGGCCUCCUCUGCAAAUACACGGCCCAGAGGUUCAAGCCCAAGUAUAAAUUCUUUCACCAGUCCUUCCAGGAGUACACUGCAGGACGAAGACUCAGCAGCUUGUUGGGGUCUCCCGUGCCAGAGGAGGUGAGCAAGGGAGAUGGUUACUUGCAGAAAAUGGUUUCCAUUUCAGACAUUACCUCUCUGUACAGCAACCUGCUCUUGUACACGUGCGGGUCAUCUGCAGAAGCCACCAGGGCUGUCAUGAGGCACCUGGCGGUGGUGUAUGAACACGGCAGCCUGCUGGGGCUUUCUGUCACCAAGAGGCCUCUCUGGAGGCAGGAGUCCAUACAAAGCAUGACGAGCACCCGGGAGCAAGAGCUUCUGAAAGCCAUCAACAUCAGCUCCUUCGCCGAGUGUGGCGUCAGUUUCUUCCACGAGAGCAUAUCCAGAUCGGCCCUGAGCCAAGAAUUUGAAACUUUCUUUCGUGGUAAGAGUCUGUACAUCAACUCGGACAACAUCCCUGAUUAUUUAUUCGACUUCUUCGAACACUUGCCUAACUGUGCGAGCGCGCUGGACUUCAUUAUCCUCGACUUGUCUGGAGGGGCUGUGGCUGCGGGGGACCAGGCCCCCCGAGACACCGCGGCAUCCGUGCAAACCUACAUUCCCAGCCGCGCUGUGUCUCUGUUCUUCAACUGGAAGCAGGAGCUCAAGACUCUGGAGGUCACACUCCGGGACUUCAGCAGGCUGAAUAAGCGGGACAUCAAGUACCUGGAAAAGAUAUUCAGCUCUGCCACCAGCCUCAAACUGUAUGUCAAGCGAUGUGCUGGGGUGGCCGGAAACCUCAGUGUGAUCCUCAGCACCUGCAGGAACAUUCACUCCCUCGUGGUGGAAGGCAGCCCCCUCACCACAGAGGACGAGCAGCACAUCACCUCUGUGACGCCGCUGACCGCCCUCAGCAUCCGCAGCCUGCAGACCCAGCGGCUGCCAGGUGGUCUGACCGACAGCUUGGGUAAUUUGAAGAACCUUACGAAGCUCAUAUUGGAUAACAUUAAGAUGAAUGAGGAAGAUGCUAUAAAACUAGCAAAAGGUCUGGCAUAUCUGAAGAAGAUGAGUUUAUUUCAUCUGACUCACUUGUGUGACAUUGGAAAGGGAAUGGAGUACAUAGUAAAGUCUCUGUCAAGCGAGCCCUGUGACCUUCAGGAACUCCAGUUGGUCUCCUGCUGCCUCUCAGCAAAUUCCAUCAGAACUCUAGCUCAGAAUCUUCACAAUUUGGUCAAACUGAGUGUUCUUGAUUUAUCUGGAAAUUACCUGGAAAAGGAUGGAAAUGAAGCCCUACAUGAACUGAUCAGCAGGCUGAGCCUCCUGGAAGAGCUAAGUGCCCUGAUGCUGCCCUGGUGCGGGGCUGUGCACAUCAUCCUGACCAGCCUGCUGGAGCAGCUGGCUAUGAUCCCACAGCUCGUCAAGCUUGGGUUGAAGAACUGGAGACUCACAGAUGUAGAGAUUCGACAUUUAGGUUCAUUUUUUGAAAAAAACCCUCUGAGAAACUUCCAGCAAUUGGAUCUAGCAGGAAAUUGUGUGAGCAGUGAUGGAUGGCUUGCCUUCAUGGGUGUAUUUGAAAACUUGAAGCAAUUAGUGUUCUUUGACUUCAGUACUACAGGAUUCUUACCUGAUGCAGCAUUAGUCAGAAAACUCGGUCAUGCGAUAUCCAAGUUAACUUUCUUACAGGAAGCGAGGCUUAUUGGGUGGCAAUUUGAUGAUGAUGAUAUCAGUGUUAUUGAAGGUGCUUUUAAACUAGUAGUUGCUUAAAGGUCCUUUAAGUCAAUGCAUGCUGUAGGGGGAGAUUUAAAAACCUUGAAAAAUGAAAGCCAAAGAAGAUGAGGAUGAGCAAAGUUUCAGUGGAUAACAAAUGCAAUUAUUUUGUGUCUCAUCUCUCCAAGUAGAAUUCCUAGCUUAACUCUGUUCAUCUUUAUAUUAUCCUUGGCCCCCAGAAUACUAGAUUACAAAAAUUUAUAUAUUAUAUGCAUAUUUACUUAAAAUAGCCCACUUGGCACGUGAUAGACUCAAUAAAUAUUUGCUGAUUGUGAG